AUGGGGCCCCCGGGCAAUAGGGGAUCAUGGGGCCCCUGUGUCCUUGCCUAAACUCAAAAAAGCCUAUGAAAAAGAGGGCAACACUUAUGUAAACCAGCCCCCUAACUGAGCUCUGUAAAUGAAUAGGGAUUCAGCAAAUGCAUAUCUACAAGGUAUGCAUGUGAAGGUUCCCAUUUACCCAGGUCAUGAUCAGGGACGGACUGACAACUCAUGGGGGGAAUAGAGGAUCAUGGGGCCCCUGUGUCCUUGCCCAAACUCAAAAAAGCCUAUGACAAAGGUACCAGGGGCAUCUCAUGGAGCCCCCUACUGACCCCGGGCCCUCGGGCAGUGCCCGAGUUUCCAAAUGGUCAGUCUGCCCCU